UUGGGCAGCGAGUGGGCGCGGGCACCGGGGGUCGCAGGUGAUGCGGACGGGCUGGCAUGGGUGCUGGGGCCGGGCUGCCCGCGGGUCCUCCGGCGCAGGGCGGCCACUGCCCCCCGCACACUGCGCUGCUCCGACCCACUGUGCGUGUGACAGCGGCUGUCCUGUCCUGGCAGCGCGACCGGGCCUAGGCGACCCCCGGCAGGAAGGGGACAUCAGCCUGACCGAGAAACCCGGAGGCUGGAACGUGUCCACGUGGCAGCCGUGCGGUUCCCGGGACACCUCGACUGAGCCCCGGGCAGCCCUGGGCGGGGCGGUGACUGGCCACGCGGAGCUGCGGGACUGGGGGGGGGGGCGCCUCGAAGCUUCUGGCAGGAGCCAUUCCCGCACCUUCCUGUCACCUGUGAGGCGCCAGGGGUCAGCACUGUGCUUCCUGAGCCAUGGACACCGGUGCCGCCCUGGCCUGCUGGCUCCCUGCUGCAUGCCCACCAGAACGGUGACAAGGGUCCACUUGGGGGAUCAUGCUUGGGGGGCCCUGGCCCGCCUGCUUCUGUCACCCACCGUGACAGCGGUGUCCCACCCAGCAGGCCCGCAGGUGAUAGGCAAAGCGUCCUGUCCCUGCUCACCUAGGAAUGAGAAGUGGCCCCAGGACAGUGACUCGUGGGGCAGCCUCCAGUGAGCCUUGGGGGGGGGGCUGAAGGGUGCCAGCCGGUGCACAGGGGUCUCUGCCCCACCCCGGCCUGGGGUGAAGUCUGCCUCGCGCAGCCCCACACUGGCCUGGGAAGGACACCCAGGACUCUGGGGUGCGGGCCCUCCCCCCUUCAGCACAGCUCACACUACUGAUUUCCAAGGACCGUUGAAAAUGAAAAGUAAACUUUUCAGCAACUCA